AUGCCUGUCUUUCGUUUGGAUAAAAAGACGUCAAGUGGUUGUGGCCGAUUGGCUACCACGUUGCUAUCGUACCAUCGUGACCACUCGUGUCCCAGUAACGAGAAAAACGACACCAGAAAAAGGACGGGCGACAGCACGCGCGCGCUGCGGCACCCGCAGCAGAAGGUGCAGGUCGAUUUUUAUGAGAAAGGAAACCGCAAUGUACGCCUCGCUAGCCCUAACCGCUUCGAGCGAGCGGUCGCACUGUUGACAACCGAGCUGACCAGUUUUAGCGCCCACCGACUUGUCGGUGUGACGGUACACUGUACCAGGAGUCAGUUCCCCCCGACUCUGGAUGUCCGUAGAUACCACCUGUCAACGUCAUGA